ACACUGAUUUUGGGGUUGGAUCAUGUAUUAAACAAAAAAAGAUGAUAAAUGUAAGUUGUCAUUAGUUUCUUCCUACGGCUAACAAGCUGGAAGUCACAGAAAAGGGGAAGGGAAUUCUCUCGACUAGUCAGGCAAAUAAAGGUUAAUAACUGGGUAGUGGCUCCUUCUCACAUGACUAUAAAAGCGUUGGCUUCUGGACAGUGUUUGCUGCCUAACAGCCUGUCACCGUGUUUGGAAUAAGGUGUGACCUGUUUAUUCAUAGAAUUAGCCAAUCAAAAUAGUACUCUGUGAACUUCAUUCAAGACAAGCAGGCUCUUAGGAUGUGUGUAAAUAUACCCUGUACCACAGAGGCUUAACUGGAGCUUGCAUAGGAGACUCAUAGACUGGAUUUCUUCAAACUCAAAGGAAGAUUGACAAACUUUCCUUGGGCCUUGGAUUAACAGUUUUAAAGUUUUAGGUAUGUCAGGUGAUCAGGACCUUGGACAGAGUGAAAGGCAGCAGCAUGGCCCUGCAUACAGGAAUGAAGAAUACAGAAGAAACCCACAAGAGUGGGAAGUCAUUGAUUCUAAAUCUGAAUACAGAAUUAGAUUGAACCAAUGUUUUGAAGAAGCAAUGAUGAGUUUCUUCAUAUUUCUCCAAGAAAUGUCUCACUUUAAGGAUCAAAACCCUGGCAAGUUUUGCCUUCUGGUCUGCAGUGUGUGCACGUUCUUCACAAUCUUGGGAAGUUACAUUCCUGGAAUUGUACUCUCCUACCUUCUAUUACUAUGUGCCUUCUUAUGUCCACUCUUCAAAUGCAAUGAAUUUGGACAGAAGGUGUAUAACAACUUGAAGUCAUUUCUGCUGAAGCUGGACUUUGGUAUUCGGGACUAUAUCGACCAAAAAUUGAAAGAGAGAGCUGAAAUGAUAAAAACACAGCCAACAGAAGAAGACAGUGAACUAGACAUAUCAGCUCUGUGUCCUAAGGUUAGCCCAGCUGUUGUGGCCAAAGAGAUGUCUGUAUCAGAUACAGAUAUAUCAGAAGUGUCUUGGACUGACAAUGGGACUUUCAAUCUAUCUGAGGGAAACACUCCACAGACAGACACAUCUGAUGAUUUCGAUCGCCCAAGUGAUCAUGAGGAAGCUUUCGUGAGAGAUCUUACAGAAUUCCCAUCUGUAGAAAAUGUUGCAGGAACAAAUGAUGAGGAUGAUUCAAGCAUUGGCCUGCCAGUCCAGCAAGACAGAAAGAAGGACCAUCUUCUUACCUCAUCAAAUCAGGGUAGCAAGGAGGCUAAGGAGGGGCACUCUGCAGCAGGCCUCUCCUUGCCGUUGAUGAACGACCAGGCCUUCAACUUAGUGAGAGCCAUUGCUGGUGAUGUUGUAACAUCUGUGGUGUCAGCAGCUGUCAGAGACCAGUUGCAGUCCAUCCAAGCAGACCCAAAUUUAAACGAAGAGACAGACACAGAGGAAGGAGAUGAUUUUGAACUGCUUGACCAGUCGGAGCUUGAGCAGAUGGAAAGUGAACUGGAGCUUACCAAAGGCCAAGACGCAGAACCACAAGAAAAGAAGAAGUCCUCGGGCUUCCUCUCAAACCUGCUUGGGGGCCAUUAACGUGGAAACUGGAGCUACUUAAUCGUAUAGCAAAAACAAAAUAUAGACAACGUUAAAUGCAAAAAAGAAAAUAGGAAAAAAAGAAAAUGAUGAGCUGUAAGCUUUAUCUAUUAUUUUGAUGUGCUGUAACGUCCUUCAUGCAGAGUGAACUAACUUGUUAUAGAUCAGUUGAUGCUGGUAGUUUUGUUUCUGAUAGUGAUGCCAUAGAAAUGAAAAACCUGUCCCAUUAUUUUGUCUCAAAGGAAUUUAAGAGGCAAGAAUUUUAAAUAUAUAUAUUAAAAUUGCCAAAUGUAGCUCUCCUUUUGGCUGUAACCAAAUCCUUUUCACCUCCAGCCUGUUUACUCUGACUUUUCAAGCAUUUAGGCAGCAGUGCUUCAGGGAGAGAAAAUAUCAAGAGGAAUCAAGAAGCCAUCAUGACCUAGUUGCCAGAAUAUCUCAACCUCCAGAGUAAACAAGGAUCUGGACACUUGUGCAAGUAUCUCCAAUGUAUGAAUCCAGACAUCACCAAAAUGGAUUAUCAUCCUUAGUGUUGCCUCUCUGAAUUUUCAGCUAUUCUUAUGGAUAGGGAGAGGAAUGCAUUCUAAAUUCUGCCCAUUCUCCUGGGUCUUGAAGCCUGACAAAACAGCAUGAUUUCAUGCUUCUACAUGCCAUCUGGAACCUUGUACUAGGCCCACAGAACAAGACAAAAACAUUGUUUGAGAUUAUAUAUGCCAUCUAUAUGUAGCAUGUUAUAUGCAGUGUGGGGUUGGAUUUGGGGGGUGGAGGAAAUAGGGGGGAAAUAACUAUUGAAAUUGAGUGGCAGUCUCUUUACCUCCAGUUUCGUCAGUGUUGUGUCCUUUUGUUAAGUUUUGCAAGAACUACAGCUGAAGAAGAGAUGCAGAAUAUUCCUGGCAUAUAAGUAGAAGAUAUUGCCAUAAAACACUCCCUAAUUUUAGCACCUUGUAUAUUCUGUGGCUGACUUUGGGUCAUCUUUAACAUAACUUUUCUUCUAAGCUUUGUGAUUUUGGUUUACCUUUAAAAUUGAUGGAAACAGGCAGUGCCUUAACAAGGUAAGCCAAAGUUUAAUGGAAGAAAUACCACUAGUUUUAAUAUAUGGUAUAAAAAGCCAGCAGAAAGGGGGACCAUAUCCGCUGUUUUGACUAAUCACAAACUGUUACAAUAUUUUAACUGGCAUUCUAUUGAGUAGAAAUUGCUAUUUUAUGGCCCUUCAAAAAGACAGCCUCAGUUUAUAGGGUGGUUCUCUUCUGCCAUAGCUGCCAUGUUCAUUAGGCAACAUGUAUAGUGAAUACUACUGCACAGCAUACUAACUAUAGAAAAACUUUAUGCUAGAAGCUCAGUGUCAAUUCUUUUCAUCCCUCUUUCCCCAUCCAAGGUGAUUAAUGAGACCCCAUAAAAAGAAGACCAAACUACCCAGCGUCAGCUCUCACUCCAAAGUAGCUUGGUCAACUGUCUCCAUACCUUUUAGCAGGAGGAUAACGUUAUCACACAUCAGUUGCUGAAGUGUGGUAAAAUCAUUGUUUGCAACCACCCAGAGUGGAAAAAGAAUCUGGGGAUUUUCAAAAUAUUACAGACUCAGAUGGACACCUGCUUAUUAUUGAUUGUGCUUGUGUCACUGUAAUGCAUAUCAACCCUAUUUUCUAUUGGUCAAGCUGGUGCCUUUAUUCUUUAGCCUAGACUCACAUGGGUAAAAGUGGAUUCAGACCCUGCAAAUAGAUGAGACAUCGGCAUGAUCCUAAGUAUGUUUACUUUGAAGGAAGUCCCACUGAGUUCAAUAGGACUUAUUCCCUAGUAAAUGUGUUUAGGAUCACAGCCUGUUUCAGCAAAACUAAUGCUUAAUAUAAGAUUCUGACAGUUAUUACUAAACAAAUGCCCCUAUAAAUAUUAUACUAGAUUUCUCAGGUUUUUAUGUAGUUUAGCUUUGAUACUAUUGGGCAGUUCCAUCGUUUUAAAACCUUAUUGAUGAACAAAUAAAGGAAUAGGGGGAAACACUUCCACCUUACAGAGUACAACUCUUGCUUCUUAAAUGGAGGUAUGCAAAGGAGAAGCUCAUACCCAUUAGUAAGCUUGUGCUACCUUUUCGUGAAGGUACAGAUAAUGCAGCCUUAUCCAUUAUAUGGAUAAGGCCGUAAUUCUAAACAUGCUUACUUGGGAGUAAAUCCCACUGAAUUCAGAUUAGCUUCCAAGUAAGCAUGGAUUGGAUUGCACUGUUAAAAUGUUAAGGCUACUUGAAGGGAGAGCAGGAAGGGGUUAGAAGAAGAUCUGUGAGUAAACUGGUGGAGCAUCUUCCCAGCUCAUACCAGUCGUGUUGUAAAUUGUAACUGUGUGCACUUUAUUGUUUUAUUUAAAGAAAUGAUUCAGGGAUUUCCAAAUAUCGGAUACAGCGGUACUCUUCUAGGGAACGAAGUUCCAUUCAUCACUGAAAGCAGCUGGAAGGCCUGCUUGAGACUUCUUGUAAACAAUUCUCUUUCUGGUAUCAAGAUAAAAAAAAAAGUAUAACACUAAUAAAGCCCCAAUUCUGAAAAUAUUUGUGUAGCUGCACUAAUUUCCCAUCACCCUCACCUCCAGUAUUUUACACAGGAAAAAAAGUUGUGUUGGAUUGGAGACGUGAGAUCUCACUUUGACUUUUAAAAACUCUAAAUGUACAGGCUGGGAUCCAACGUUCUACGUACAACACACCUGAGGACUUGGCUAUGUCCACUGUAAUAGAAAAAAGUGGCUAGCUGGGAAAUGCUAGGAGUUACAGGACUUAUUCUGUCUAAAAAUGCAUAAGAUUGCACCUUAAAAGACUACUUUACUUUAAAAAAUAUGGAGUGAUCCAUAAGAAAUUGGUCAUGGCUAACGUUUAGUUCAAAAUGCAUAACCACCAUGACUUACCAUGUCAUCGGAACAGGCUCAAUGAAUUGUAAUUACCUGUGGCAUGCAAGGAGUUGCCGUCACAAAAAUCCACCACCUAGGUACUUCCUGUACAAUCUUCACUACAGCAAUUGCUUUUAUAAACUGACAGGUUACUUAACCCUUCCCAGUUUAGACUCAAGUUUUCUUACAACUCAAAAUUGUAGUGUAAGAAUUCUCCUCAGCCCCUCACAGAAGAGCUAAUUAAAGGUUAAGGCUGAACUCCUAAGUGUACUUGUUAGGAAGUAAGUAUCUUCGUAUGCAGUCAAACUUUCUUCUGAGUGAACAAGAGACUGAAAUCCUAGGCAUACAUACUUGAAAAUAAAUUGCAUUUAAAUCAGUGGGAUUUGUUUGGAAAUCAACAUGGAUAGAAUUGGGUUUAGAUGCUUAUUAGCUUGUAGUGCCUGUUUUAAGAAAAACACCACCACAGACUGGGAUUUAUUUCUAACAAGUGAAAGGCAGAGAAUGGCAGUGUUCAAAUUAUCUUUGGAUGACCCCUCCUAACUUCUUACCUAUUUUACAUCUUUAUCUCUCUUACAAAUGUUUCUGUAUAUCUCUUUCAGUGAAAGUACAGGGACAUACAAUAUCAUGCAAUACACUUUUUGUAUUGUGUGACCAAAUACACUUUUUAAAGUAAUGUAAGAGUACUGGUUUGGGGGCUAGUAUUUGAUGAUAACAUAAUCACUUGUAAGAUGGCUUACACAAGUGAGGUAUAUCACCAAUAUUAAAGCUGAGGUUGUGUGUGUGUAGCAAUCUUAUGGAAGUACAUUUGGUCACACAAGUGCUCUUUGGCAUCACAGUACUUAUAAGCAUUGAUAAUAAUUCUAAUAAUUCUAAUGCUUAGUCGUGUCAAUACUGCGGACAGAAGUUAACAUCAAAUUAUUGGCGCCCCCUCUAACCUCUCCUAUACUUGCUACUAUCUAAUUACUCACUCCGAACCCUUAGGAUGUGCUUUAAAUUCAGCCCACAAAUAUUUGAGGCUGAUGUGUACGCAGAAUUAGUAUUUUCUUUCUUCCACUCCAAACUUCCCAAACGUUAGUGG